GGGAGCGCGCGGCUUCCGGUGCGGGCCGUUGGGAGGGGAGGGGCGCGCGCUCGCCCCCGAAGCCUGGCUGCGCGCACGAAGACCCGUGCGGCUUCUGGCGCGGGCCCGCUCUGGGCUUCCCUCGGCGCGCGGACGCCGCCGAGGGCCUUCUCCCCUCCCCCCCAAAAGAGUUCGCGAAGCGGGGCAUGGAGCCAGAAACCACCUUUCGAGGGCGGUAGGGCCCCGUUCCGCCGGGGGCGCGGGCCGUCGCCAGCACGGCCAGAAGCUCCCCUCAGCUCUGGAGCCGGAGGAGCUGCUCCCCUCUGUCAGACUUGAGAGACCUCCUCCCAUCCCUAACCAGGCAAAUGUGCAAUACCAAAAUGUCUUCCGAUACAGAUGGUGCCUUAAGCGCCUCACAAAUUCCAGCUUCGGAACAAGAGGCUCUGGUUUUAUUCUAUCUUGGCCAGUAUAUUAUGUCAAAACAAUUAUAUGAUAAAAAGCAACAGCACAUUGUCUAUUGUUCAGAUGACCUUCUAGGAGAUCUGUUUGGGGUACCAAGCUUCUCUGUGAAAGAGCAUAGGAGAUUAUAUGCAAUGAUUUCUAGAAACUUGAUAGCAGUCAGUCAACAAGAAUUUGCUAGUCCAAAUACAUCUACAAAUGAAGCCAGGUGUCAGCUUGAAAUUGGAAGUGGUCAAAAGGAGUCUAUGCAAGAAUUGGAGGAAGAGAAACUAUCGCCAAAUCUGAAUUCUAGACCAGCUACCUCAUCUAGAAGGAGAACACAUAGUGAAACAGAAGAAAAUUCGGAUGAAUUGCCUGGUGAAAGACACAGAAAACGGCAUAAGUCAGAUAGUAUUUCCCUUACAUUUGAUGAAAGCUGUGCCCUAUGUGUCAUAAGUGAGAUAUGCUGUGAACGAAGCAGUAACAGUGACUCAACAGAAAUCCCUUCAAGUCCGGAUAUUGAUACUGGUGUAUUAAGUGAAAAUUCAGAUGAUUCAGUUUCAGACCAAUUCAGUGUUGAGUUUGAAGUUGAGUCUAUUGAUUCAGAAGAUUAUAGUCACAAUGAAGAAGGACAAGAACUCACAGAUGAAGAUGAUGAGAUAUACCAGGUAACCGUAUAUCAGGCAGAGGAUAGUGACUCUGACUCGUUUGAUGAAGACCCUGAAAUAUCCUUAGCUGACUAUUGGAAGUGUACUUCCUGUGAUAAAAUGAACCCUCCACUUCCACCACAUUGCCACAGAUGCUGGGCUUUGCGGGAGAAUUGGCUUCCUGAGGAGAAAGGUGACGUGUCAGAUAAAGGCAAACUAGAAAGCCCCACACAAGGAGAGGAAGAGGGCUUUGAUGUUCCAGAUUGUAAGAAAAAUAAAAUGAAUGACUCUCAAGAUUCGUGUGUUGAGGAAAAUGAUGAAAAAAUAGUACAGAUAUCAGACUCCCAAGAAAGUGAGGAUUAUUCGCAGCCAUCGACAUCUAAAAGUAUCAUCUGUAGUAGUCAGGAAGACGCUGGAGAUUUUGAGAGAGAAGAAGCGCAAGACAAAGAAACAAAUAUGGAAUCUAUUCUUCCCCCUAGUACAGUAGAGCCCUGUGUCAUCUGUCAGAGCCGACCUAAAAAUGGUUGCAUUGUCCAUGGAAGGACAGGACAUCUUAUGGCAUGUUUUACAUGUGCUAAGAAGCUGAAAAAGAGAAAUAAGCCUUGUCCAGUGUGCAGGCAGCCAAUUCAAAUGAUUGUGUUAACUUAUUUUCUCUAAAUGUGACCCUCUGUAUGAAACUCUUAAAGAAUGUGCUUGCAUGCCUUGUGAAUUUUAUUUAAAAUUUUAUUUUUGUACAUUUUUUUUUUCUGAGAAAGUGACUAUUUUAAUCCAUUUUAGUUAUAUCUUGUGCACUUUGCUUUUUGGGAAGAAUUUUUUGUUCCCUUUCUUUGGGGGGUAAAACAUUUUGGCGACUAUUUUUUCCAUUUUUGCAUUUUAUUAGUUUUCAUUUACAUUACUUAUAGGGGCAGCAGGGUAUAGUGGAUAGAGUGACUACAUUGGACACUUACAGCUCAUUUGACCCGGGAUAAAUCUCUGUGCCUUAGUCAGUUCCCAAGACUUACCUGUAAGUCAGAUAAUUUGGGAGUGAGUCAUAGAUGCUUGUAUUGGAUUGUGUUGAAACUAUAGAUCCUUUACUGUUUGCAUCUCUUGAGAAUUACUAGUUAUUUUGAAGAUGGACUAUUUCUGUUUGUUAAAUAGUUGCCUGUCUUCUCUAGUUGGGGAGUGUGAGAUUUUUUGAAAAUACUGUGUAAAUAGAAAAUUUAAUAAAUAUUAUUUAAGUUUAAUACUGUUAGUGAAAAGUGGUGAUGAUUCAGGAGAUGAUUUGAGUUGCAAAUAAGAUACUCUUCAGGUUUCUGUUCUUUGAAGUUUUAUCUGUCCUUAGUUCUAAGAAUCUUAGAAAAUACCUGCUAAGAAAAACCUGAUAGUUUUCAUUUGUAUAUUGUGUAUACAAAAAUAAAAGAAGGAUGGCUUUAUCCUUUUUAGAGCCCAUCAUAAUCAAUUCUUUCUACAUUCCUUUGCCACCAGGACCACACCCGACAGGUCUUUUUAAGGGCCUCAAGUGCAAUUUAGUAUUGACCCUUUGAAUGAAUGAUAGCUUACUUCAGACCUUAAAAUUAGGAUUUGAGUUUGGAAAUAUCUGUUACUACCAAAUUGAAUGUAAUUCAGAUGUGACUCCUUAUAUUAUCUUGGUCUGGAUAUAUGGCCCCAGGUAGGUUCUGGGUUUUAACAUAAUCAGGGCCAGUUUUAAAAACUUAACAUUCAGAAAUUACACAAAUAAAAACAUAUUCUUAAAAAUCCUUUUAUUUUUCAGGCUGCCAAUAAAAUAUUUACUAGAUUAAUGUUGUAGUUAAAGCAUUUGCCACAUGCUUGAAUUUAACGUUUUAAAAGUUGGGGACACGAGCCAUGAUUAUUUAAAACAGAUAUUAACAUGAAUUUCUGUUUUUCCAUGCUAAUGAAGCUGAUCCACUGUUAAGAUUUUGGAUAGGGGCACCUCCAAACUAAAUACAUUAUGAUUUGGUUUUUGGGGAGCAGAUUUACCUUCAUAAUUAUUGUUGCUUAGUCUGAAUUCUCUGAAACUCAGACUAAUUUGCUGACCGGAAAGCUUAUUUAAGUUUGAAAAUUUGUUGCAAAAAUUUACACGGCCAAUUGAAAGUUGAUUAUAAAUGUGUUUGUGGAAGUUAAUAAAGGAAAUAAAAUAAACUAGAA